UGAUGCAUCAUCGCUGACACCCUCUCUCCGUAAUAAUGAUGAUGGCAGCAGCAGCAGCAGGCAAGGAUGUCUACAACAACAGCUGUGACCUGAAGACCGCUAGGCUAUGGAGGGAUGCCGCCCUGCGCUCCAGGAAGCUGCGGAGCAGCCUUCGCCAGCUCACCCUGAGCUGCGGGGAGCAGGACAAGCUCAUUCUUCCCGAGGACCUGGGGGAUGUGGAGGUGCUUAACCUAGGCAACAACUCCCUGGAGGAGGUACCCGACGAGCUGCGGAGCCUGUCCGCGGGCAAUCUGCACGUCCUCAUCCUGCGCAGGAACAAGUUCCUCAAUGUGCCCUCGGCUGUCUACGAACUGGGCAGGUUGACCGAGCUGGACAUGAGUCACAACCAACUGGGCUGCCUGACCGAAGCCGUGGGCUUACUGAGCCAGCUGAAGAAGCUGUGCCUAAGCCACAACAAGUUGCAGACCCUGCCCCGGCAGAUUGGCUCCUUGGGGCAUCUUGAGGAGCUGGAUGUGAGCUUCAACCGCAUCAACCAGCUACCUGACACUAUGCAGGGGCUUCCCCGCCUUAGAGUCCUGGAUCUGGACCACAACGAGCUGUGCAGCUUCCCUCAGCAGCUCCUGCAUCUCCCUGCCCUGGAGGAGCUGGACUUCUCUGGCAACAAAAUGCUUGGCAGCGACUGCGGAGGCUCCCUGCCCAAUGGCAUCAGGACCAUGAAGCUAUUGAAGGUCUUGUGGCUGAGCAGCACUGGGCUUUUCUCCUUACCAGACUCCUUCUGUAGCUUAGUCAGCUUGGAAAGCCUCAUGCUGGACAACAAUAACCUCUGCUCAUUGCCCGAUGGCUUUGGGGAUCUACAAAAGCUGAGGAUGAUCAACCUGUCUUCAAACGCCUUUCAGGAAUUUCCAAAGGCCCUGCUUCAAAUGCAGGACAUGGAGGAGCUGUACAUGAGUCGUAACAAGCUGACGGUGGUACCAGAAGGCAUCUCCAGCUUGUUCAGGCUAGUUACCUUGUGGUUGGAUAACAACAAAAUAAGGUACCUGCCUGACACAAUAGUGGAGCUUGGCUUGCUGGAAGAGCUUGUGUUGCAAGGUAACCAAAUAGCAAUUCUCCCAGACAACUUUGGGAAACUCUCCAAAGUCAACAUCUGGAAGAUAAAAGACAAUCCUUUGAUUCAGCCUCCUUAUGAGGUUUGCAUGAAAGGGAUCCCUUACAUUGCUGCAUAUCAGAAAGAACUAGCCAAUUCACAGCCUGCAGUAAAGCCUAGGUUAAAGCUAGUCCUCUCAGGCCAGAAGGAUGCUGGCAAAACUAUCCUCAGACAUUGCCUCACUGACGGUCAGCAAAGCAGCUGUACACUGGGAAAUACAGGGAUUGAGGUCACUAACUGGACAGCCGACGUAGAACGGGGACUUACUUUUAUUGUGUAUGAAUUAGCAGGGGACCAGAGCUAUGACAUAAUCAACCCUUUCUUCCUCUCCCCUGGUGCUCUGUAUAUUCUUGUUGUUAAUUUAAAGGCCUAUGUUUCUAAACAUUUUUAUACAUUUGUAGGCUAUUUUCUACAUUUGAUCAGUGCCAAGGUACCACAUGCAGUUGUAUGCAUAGUAGGGACUCAUACAGACUUAUGCGAAGAAAAGGAGAUCGAGGAAAAAUGCCUUGAUAUACACCACCAGAUUUCCUUGCAGGAAAAGAAGGAUACGGAGUCCCUACAAAAUCUGGCACAGACUGUUGAUGAAGCCCUUAGCCAAAAUUAUGACAUGCGUGUAUCAAAUCCUCAUGCAGCUUUUUACGGUGUUAGUGAUAAGAAUCUGAGGAGGAAGAAAGCCCAGUUGCAAUAUUUAUUGAAUAAUCGUCUCCAGAUUCUCUCACCUGUCCUCUGUGUCAGCUGCCACGAUUAUUCAAACAUUAGGCGCUUGCGGGACAAACUCCUUUCUGUGGCCGAACACAGGGAGAUUUUCCCAAACUUGCAUAGAGUUCUUCCCAAAUCCUGGCAAAUGCUGGAAGAAUUGCACUUUAAACCUCAGGAGCUCUGGUUGACCUGGUGGGAUUCGGCAAGGCUAGGCCUACAAGCGGGGCUGACUGAGGACCGGCUGCAGAGUGCCCUGUCUUACUUGCAUGAGAGUGGGAAGUUGCUCUAUUUUGAAGACAACGUGACUCUUAAAGAGUAUGUUUUUCAUAAUCUGACAAAACUGAUUGACAUUUUGAAUGUCUUUUUCCAGAGAGAUGCAUCUGUCUUACUACAAAAGCUAAUGAGCGACUCUAAGGUAGAUGAGUUGAGGGCCACACAGCUCCAUCAUUAUGUAGAGGGGUUUCUUCUUCAUGGACUUUUGCCCACUCAUGUCAUUAAACUACUACUCAAACCACAUAUCAAAACCCAACAAGACUUGCAGCUGAUUCUUGAACUUUUGGAAAAGAUGGGCCUGUGUUACUGUAUCAAUAAAUCCAAAUCCAGACCUUUAAAUGGGGCCACGGCUUGGUUUAAAUUCCCUUGCUAUGUGAAGAAUGAAGUACCUCAUGCAGAGGCCUGGAUCAAUGGUACCAACAUAUCAGGACAAUCUCUAGCAGUAGAACAGCUACAGAUCGAAUACAGCUUUCCCUUUAUAUUUCCUCCUGGCUUGUUUGCACGCUUUAGUGUUCACAUUAAUAAUCAUGUUGUGCAUCGCUCAGAUGGCAAAUUCCAGAUCUUUGCCUAUAGGGGAAAAGUGCCAGUUGUAGUGAGCUUUCGACCUUCCAGAGGAGCCUUACAGUCCGACGUUUUGUCUAUUGCCAGCCAUGCUUCGUUGCCUAACAUAUGGACUGCAUGGCAAGCUAUAACACCCUUGGUUGAAGAACUGAAUGCACUAUUACAAGAAUGGCCCGGCCUUUACUACACAGUACAUGUUCUAUGUUCCAAGUGCCUUAAAAGGGGGUCACCCAAUCCACACACCUUCCCAGGAGAGUUACUCACCCAGCCACGACCAGAAGGGAUAAACGAAAUCGUAUGUCCCAAGAACGGCACUGAGAGAGUGAAUGUAGCUCUGGUUUUCCCCCCUACACCAACAGUGCUCAGCCCUUGCUCCAAGUGAUCCCCCAGUAUCCCACUUCUUCACAGUAUUUGGAAAGAAGAAUCAAAGAGUCAAAAAUUAAAACUGAGACAAUCGCAGAGUACCCAAACAUUUUUCAAGAACUGUGACCAUGUGGCAUAUUAAACACAACAAAGGCACAAUUCUAAUUAACUGGGAGGCACUGUGUCAUUUCAGAGCUUUAAGGACACAUGUACUUGUUGAAGAAUAUAUCACAUGGAGAAAAUGGGUGCAUUGCAUCCACAGACAAGUAAACCGUGACUUUUACACACCUUUUUUUAUAAUGACUGAGAUGCACAUUUUUAUGGACAAUAAAGUGUGUUGUUGGAAUGGGAUCAUAUGUGAAUUCCACUGUAAAGUAAUGUUGCACCUGUUAUGUAUCACAAAAAGGAUUGUGGGAAUUAAAUGACUACGUUGUUGAUUUCUCAGGGAUUUUGCUUGCCAUGAAAAUACAAGCCAUACAGUGUAAAAUGGUUGUAUUGUGACAAAUAUACCAUUUAAAUGUAAAAGAAAAUCAGAUACACUACACUAAAGUUCAUUGCUCUAUAAGAUCAGCAAAAUUAUACUUAUGUUUUGUUUUUAGAACUUUCAGAACAAAAAAGCACAUUAAAUGUUAUGCAUCUCACAGUAUUUAGUCCGCAUGCAUCUGAUGUUUUCCCUCACUGUAAAACACAACCUCUUUUAAAGGAAAUUUCUACUGAGACGAAUACAGAGGCUAUUGAUAAAAUGG